GCCGUGGUGGCGCACUUCCCACGUCGUGUCGCAAUAAUAUACAUACGUACGACUGGAUCAAACUUGUUUUGAGAUUACGGUGCCACAAGCUUCGUAUAUCUAGCGGUAAUCUCAUUUCAGUUUAUUUCGUGAGACACACAAACGUUCUGCUGCACAACGCUGACAAUCAUGUUCCGAAUUCUUCGCGUAUUCCCGCGGAAUGGAAGUUAUUUUCUCCGAUGUGAAGCCAAGCAACUGUGGACAAGUGGGCGCGUUUGUGCAGCAGCCGCCGCGUUUGUUUACCAGAAAAGGCUAGACCUGCCCUUGCAAACACACGCAAAAUUAGCUGGUCGAAAAUGGGUUCCCGGUGGACUGAACCCAACUAACAAAUAUCCUGAAUUCAUAGCGUCACCAAAAGAUAAUUUUCCGCCUGUUUAUGAAGCGAAAAACAGCGAUCAAGUAAAAUCAGUAUCCGAAUGGGCCAAAGCUGCCAGGGAGAUCGUCGAGGACAAGCUCGUUGAUUACGGCGUGAUAUUAUUCCGCGGUAUGCCAGUGGAAGGGGGCGAGGGGUUUUCUCAGUUUCUCAUCAAUUUAGGGUAUGAGACGAUGGGUUAUGAAGGAGGGCUUGCUGUCCGUCAGAAGGUUGCAGCCGGGGUGCUCACAGCCAGCGACGACUUGCCGGAGGUCACCAUACAACCACAUAAUGAGAUGGCGUACUCAGAGGACUAUCCCAAAAAGUUAUUCUUUUACUGUCAUGUUGCUCCAGAACCUGGACGUGGAGGAGAGACCGGAUUAACCAGAGUGAGGGACAUACAAGCCAAAUUAAAACCAGAAGUUAAAGAAAAAUUUCGAAAGUUGGGAAUAAAAUAUCAUUGUUACCUUCCCUCCAAGGAACACAGCCAAUAUAAAAGUUGGCAAGAGACAUUCUUUUCAGAAGAGAUGAGUGAUGUUGAACAAUUCAUGAAAAAGAUGAAUUAUGAAUACAAGUGGUGUGAAAAUAAUGCGCUUUCAUACUCGCACGUGUUGCCAGCAUUUCAAAAACAUCAUAAAACAGGAGAAGAGCUGUGGUUUAACCAUGUGCAUCGCCACCAUGUGACAAACCUAUCUGAGCAUCCGAAAUACGCUGACCAGCCUGACUUACCCCCGCUGCGCUUCCCCUAUCACACCAUGUACGGUGACGGGACUGAAAUAGAACCUGAAGUGAUGCAGCACAUCCGUGACGUCAUCUGGCAAGUCUCUGUCGGUUUUCCGUUACUGAAAGGCGAUUUACUGAUCUAUGACAACAUGCUAGUUCAGCAUUCAAGGCUGGGGUUCAGCGGGCCAAGAAAAUUAUUAGCUGCUAUGACACGUGAUUAACAAUGUUAAACAACGAUGAUGAGCAAUAAUUCACAAUGUGUUUUCUUUUACUCAGUAACAUUUUAGUUGCACACACACACACACAUGUGAAUAUACAGGAAAUUAUAACUUUAUAUCUUCUCUGUUAGAUGAUAUUCUGGUGUACGAUAACUUAUUUUUAACCAGCACUGUUUGAUGUCUCUUUCGAAAUGUGAAGCAUUUAUAGUACAUGUAUAGUACAGUUUUUGCAUCAUGCUUUAAUCACAUUAAAGUCAUGAAUUUAAAUGUGAUACACCAGAAUUACCAUAGAUGAACCAUGGCCUAUUCAAUCUCUACUGUAAAUUGCUUAAAUAUGCAAUAAAAAUAUUUUUUUUUGCAAGCAAGAUUGGAUAAUGAUAGUAGGGCAACAAGGGUAGUUUCGUGAUGUGAAUGUGAUAAAUGUGGAAAGCUGUGUGACACCUAGGCAAGCGCUGUACUGUAGCUACCAUACAUUCUUUGCUAUAUUGAAUAUAAUACAAUGUACAUGUGGUUAAUGUUUUGUGGGGUGAAAUGUACAUACUAAAAUUCAAUUCCAGUUAAGUCGAAGGCAGUUUGAUACAUUGAAAAUACUUGUCAACAAACAAUUUUCUCACUAAUUGUUUUGACUUUUAGGUGUUGGGGUUGGUCAAUCUCAAAAGUGUCAUUUUUAAAAUCAAAGACCAAGUUGUGUUUGGCUCUUGAUCCUCCAUUUAAAUAUAAUUGUUGUCACCCAUAACAACCAUUUUCAAAAUAUAUGUUCCAGCUUACUGCCUCUGUGGGAGGGAUGAUAUGAGCGGAUACAGAAUUAAAACAUUCAUGUUGUGCAUACGUCAAGAAACCCCACUGUAUUAGUUUCAUUGCAAUCGAUUUGUUUUUGAAGAUGUGAUUGUUUCAAUCUGAGUACAUUCUGCAUCAUUUUAUUGUCGUCUUUUAGAGUCAAAACACAGCAUUUUUAAUUUGUUCUUCAUGAUCAACCUGGUGGAUGGAUCAGAAAU